CAUCACAGGAAGAAAAUGAAAACGUUUAGAUCAUGCGCAAUACUCUUGGUGCUUAAUUUGAAGUUCAGCCUUGCAGUAGACGCUAAACUUUUCAAGGAAGUCAAUCUUCUCACGCCAGUGAGAAUUCGUCUCCUACAGAAUGGCAACUGGCAAUCAAUUGGGAAAGUGGGCAACCACGGAAACCAAGAAACAGAAAUGCCUCUGAAAAGCAGUGAAGAUCGGUGUACAUGCCCAGGAAGUUACAGACAAAACUGCGCAUGCGUAGAUAAGCCGGUUUACUUCCAAAUUCCUUCGAAAAACGGCAUCACUGAUCCUAAUCACGACAACAAAGGGGUCGAGUCUGUUGUCAACAAAAGACAAGGAGCGUGGUUUGGCGGCAUUCAAAAGAAGCAGAGUUAUCGUCAUGACACAAUGAUUGAUAGCAGGGAGGCGGAGCCAGAAAACGAGGAUAACAGAAACAUCUUACAGUUGAUGAUCGAUAUCUUCGGCGAUGAGUUCAGAAGGCAACUCCAGGAACAGCUUAGACAAAAAGCAGACAGACCAGCGAACUCCUAAAAACUAAACACUGACCAGCGAACUCCUAAAAACUAAACACUGUUAGAUUUGAAAUGACUAUAAAUAUAUCUGUCAUACAUCUGUCAUGCUCUGUCGUAUAUCUCAUCCGUGUGUUGAAUAUCGCUAGUUUGAUAUACCAUAACUCUAUAUCAAACGCCUGUUGUAUAUAACACUUCUUCUCCGGACUAACUUUAAGAUUAUCCCCGCUUCGAAAUACCCUAAUAUGUUCUCCUGUUUACCAUAUACGAUGCAUGAAUAAAAGACAAACGCAUGUUGUUUUUAAAGAUAUAAUCUUUCCAACAAUAUCUAUCAAAUCUAAAGGAUAAACAAUAUACUAGCAGUACGCUAUUGAUACAAGUACUAAAAAUACGGCAUACAAAACAUUGCGAGAGAAUAGCACUGCGCCCACUGACAAAGAACAAGGUACGGUUGUAUACAUAAAAAGGCCCAAAAAAUUUCUCUCUAUAAAAUGUGUCUCACAGGAAGUCCUAUUCCUUCCAUCCAAUGUCCAACAAAACACAAGAAAUCCAAGAAAGCACGUGAACAUUGUAUUUCAAAAGAUUGUAAUUCCUGUACCAAAGACUUUGUUCACUGUUUCAUCUGAAUCAAAGUAGUAUUGCUCCACUGCCAUUGAGCAUUGAUGUGAAAUCAAAAAACCCGCAACCAAUACCA